AUGUCAUGCGGGAGAGAGAAAAUAUCGACGAAAAAACGUGCUCGCAGUAAGCGAAAGACGGUUGACAAGUACGUAAACGACGGUCGUGCUCCCGACACCGCUCAGAUGUUGAAAAAGGCAAACCGGAAGAACCGGAAGUAUAUUGUUGAAGUCAGCGAUUGUGAUACCGGAGGAGACAAUAGCAGCAGCAGUGAAGACGUUCGCGUCGAAUCCGAUUGUGAAGGGCAAAAAACGAAUUCUGGUCAAGAAAAUGACGACUCCGGCAGCAGCGAAGUCCCAUCUUACACCAAAAGCGGCAGCGUAAACCGAGCAGUUGAUUUGCUAUCAUUGUCAUCGGAUGAAGAAAUGGACGAUGGAUCGUUUCUGCCGUCUCAGUGA